CCCACGAUGGGCUCGUGGAGUUCUGCCGGCUGUGGUUGCUGCGUGAUGGAUUCUGUCCAAACCCUCGCUGUGAUCCAGCUCAGAGACGACAUCAAACCUGAAACCAAGAAAUGGCUCGUAGAGCUCCUGGUGGCGUCGGCGGAACGCGGAGGACCACAUCUUUUAGUUCACCCCGGUGAAGAUGAUGAGGGGCACAUUAUACUGCUGUCAGCUACCGCAUGCCUCCUCCUGCACGCUGCUGAGCGACUCGGCCUCGCCAAGCUGGACAGCCAAGGAUCCAUGAGAGCGUUUUCUUAUCGUCACAGAGAGAACUUUGUAAAUUCGGAUAAAAUCCAGCUCUUUUUGACAUUUUCUGAGCAGCAGUUCCUAUUGAAAUAUGAAGUGGAGAAUCUGAAAGUCCUGCAAGAGAUGUCUGUCCCGGGGUAUCCACGUCACAGGCUUUACCCGGGCCAACGUGUCAUUCAUUUUUUACAGAAGUUGGAAGUCGUCAAAUUCUACCCCGUGCAUGAAAAGAGUCGGCUGGACAGGCUGCAGACACGCUGGUACCGCCAGAUACGAUUGUCUCCUCAGCCCAUCGACGCCAUCCGGGGGUAUUUUGGGGAACCCGUGGCUUUCUACUUUGACUUCCUCGGAUUCUUCACGCUCUCGCUCGCCGCUCCGAUGCUCCUAAGCUAUUUGUGCUCGUUUUCCCAGAGUUCCCUUGAUAAUCACAUGAUUUUUGCCGUGUUUAACAUCCUGUGGUCGACGGUGACCAUGGAGUUAUGGAAGCGCCACAGUUCGGUAAGAGCCUAUUUUUGGGGCACUUUACACAUGAAGAGCUACAUGAAACCUCCGAGAGCUCAGUUCUGGGGUUGUUUGAGGAGAAGUCCCAUCACCGCGAAGUGGGAGCUUUACUACCCGCAAUGGAGAAGGACGCUGAAAAUCCUGUGCGUGACGGCGCCCACGGUCUUCAUGUUUCUGGGACUAUCGAUCGACGGGAUGGUUAUGUUUCUGUACUGGGAGGAAAGGACCCGAAAGCAGUACCAGACCAGCAGCUACUUGUCAGCCGUGAUUAUGUCGUAUCUGCCAAGCGUCUCCCACACGCUCUUCAUGGAGACCCUAAAUUCUGUCUACAAGAGGACGGCCACCGCCCUGACGGAGUGGGAGAACCACAGGCUCGAGUCAUCGUUUCAGAAGCACCUGACCAUCAAAGUGCUUGUGUUUCGUUUUGUGAACUGCUUUGGCCUCCUGUUUUACAUCGCCUUUUAUCUGCAGGAUGUCCAGCUGCUCCGAAAGCGCCUGUCCUCGUUAUUAAUUGUAUCGCAGGUCGUUAAUCAGGUUUGUGAAGUUCUGCUUCCGUAUCUACAAUGGAGACGGAAUGCGGCCUCUGCCGAGGACAACGCCGCCCCGUUCAUUGAUGGCGUGGUACGCGACGGGGAGCGGCGCCCGGAUCCGGGAUUAUUUGAUGAUUACAUGGAGCUGUUUGUCCAGUUCGGAUACGUCAGUCUCUUUUCGUGUGUUUAUCCCCCGACGGCUGCUCUUCUCGUGUUAAACAAUGUCACGGAGAUCCAUACCGACGCCUUUAAACUGUGCCAGAUAUUCCAGAAGCCGUUUCCGGAGCCCGCGGACAGUAUCGGCGUAUGGCAGGUCGCUUUUGAAGCGCUUGGCUAUUUUUCCGUCAUCACCAACUGCUUCUUCCUCUGCAUCUCUGCUGCAGCGCAGACGUUUUGCCAGAGUUCUGGGGUGGGCGCCGACUCCUUCGUCCUGUACAUGCUCGGGGCAGAGCACCUCCUGGUCGUUUUAAAGCUGCUUGUGGCGUUUGCGAUUCCCGACAAACCUUCCUGGCUGCGGCUUAGAAUGAUGCGGACGGACUUCUGCUCGCUGGAAGCUCUCAAGGAAUCGGCAAGAAAAGGACCCGGUUGCUGA